AUGCGUACUUCAUCAGCUGUUCAUCAGAGUCGUACAGCAACAACAACAGCGUCGUCAUCAUCAUCAUCUUCAGCCCCGACGACCAACAUACAAUUGACUCCCUUGUGGGAGCAUAUUUUAAGAACACGGAAAUUACCUGAGUCAACAUGUCCCCGUCUGAUGUUUGCCGAAUUUUUGGAACGUCUCAAAGAUCCCGAAUGGCAGGUACGGCAACAUGCUCUACGCGUAUUCGUUGAUGUGCUGGUUGUAAUGAAGGCCAAGGCAGAUCCGUUUAUGCAGCCAUUGAUAGGCCAAUUGGUGGAGAACCUGGGGCAUCAGGCCCCUACAGUAAGGAAGGGUGCCUUGGAUUGUCUGCGUGUCUAUCUUUCCGAAACAGCCAUACCGGAGGCUGUUAUUUUACAAAUCCUCGAUAUUGGCCUCAAUCAAAAGAUAACCAAUGAACCAUUUGGUGGACGCCUAACAUGUGGUGUUAUGCUAUCCCUACCAGCGUUGGUUCAAUCCACACUACACACCUCGAAGCGACAUUUUAUUAUCAGGACCACCAUUGAUAUGCUAAUACAGAAAAUGGGUCAGGUUACACACCAGGAAAUUACCCUAAAGGUCCUAAGGAAAAUGCGUGAGCUCCUCGGUGAACAGGAAUUUGUUAGCUAUAUGUCCCAUGGAGCAUUUCGGGAGUUCGAUCUGCUAUGCAACGUCUAUGGUCUAAAUGAAUCGGAUGGUUCAGUAUCCUCGGCCGGUUCCCAAUCAAAAUUCUUAGCCUCAACAGAGGAGAAUAUUAACACCUGGCGCCUCAUGGCAAAUUCCAAGCCCUCGAAGUUAGCCAAUUGUUGGCAUCCUCCUGUGCCCCAUGAAAAUGAUGAGGUACAUGUGGUGGUCGAAGAGGCAGUGGGCAGUAAUGAACCCCUACUCGCCUGUCCGACCAAAAUAAUUAUGGAAACUGAAAUAAAAAUUAAUGACGAUACCCUGACAAUGCGUAUUCUCGAAGCCAAAGAUGAUGACGUCUGUUUGGUUGAGCCGGAACAACCACCGGAUGUCUGCCAUAAAUCUCACAGCGAAAAUUUCGUCAAUAGUCUGGAAGAUGAGGUUGUGUGUGGCCGCCUGGCCAGUGCAAAAAGUUUACAUGAUGCCUCCUCCGCCUCAUUGGUGAAACUACUGAGUGAUUCAGAUGACACUGAAGAUGGGCAGGGCAGAGAUUCGUAUUACACCCUUGUUACGCCAUCCACACCCUCACGCACACCCAAAAGGGUGACAUUUGGGGGAGAAGUUGUGAAAAUGCGCACGCCUGAUAGUGAUGCAAAUUCAUCAACCAAUCAACAGCAUCCAAUAGGAAAAUCACUAAGCACAGGAGGAGGUGGAGUAGGAGGGCCUAGUGGAAUAUCCGACAAUCAGCUGCAACCACCAUUUAUCAUCCAUUCCCCACCCUCCGAUGUGGACUCAAGUAAAACCACCAUUUUAACAUUGGAUAUACCAAAUGACAAUACCAAACCUCUCAAUCAGCAACAACAACAACAACAAUCUCAAAAAAAUACCAACCACCCGGAAAAAAUGAAACCCUUAACGAAGACACCAUCUCCUGCUUCAUCAUCCUAUAGUCCAUCGCCAAAAUCACCACAAAAAUCCCCGAAAUCUCCCACAUCUCCCAAGUCUUUGUCCUUUAAACGUUUGAGCAUAAGUCCUGUGGAGAGCAUAAUAAGUCCUCGCACCGCUCACAAAGCCAUUGAGGUUAUGCAUAACUUGCAAAGAGAUCCUUCACCAAAUCGAGCUCUAACUGCUCGACGUGCUAGUCUGAAGGCUGAAGAGGCAAACACUCCCUCACCUAUGGGUCUUGAUGACGACAAAUCGAAUUGGAUAACAGCGCAUAAGAUUUCGUCACAAAAUCAAGUUCCGGGUGCUGCGGCACCGCCACCACCACCACGUUCUUGGGAGGAGUUGGGAAUUGUCGAUGACACGACGCUGCUGCAGCUAAGAUCGGGG